AUGAACACUGCUCAUCGCCUGAUAUUAUCUGUGUUGUUGUCCCUUGAUCUGCUCACUUUGGGGUUUGAUGUCAGUGAGAACGUAUGUUCCACCUUGGUUUCUGGAGUUCUGUACAGAUCAUUCUCCUUACAGGACAUAUUCCCUGAAGCCUUGUCUGGCUGCUCCUGGACUAUUGAAAACCCAGAUCCAACAAAAUAUUCAAUUUACUUAAAAUUUCAUAAAGCGAAGCUGCUUUGCUCCCACACCUCUCUGAUGGUACUGCAGUUGGAUCACUACAUUCCGAACCAGACCUGUAGCACAUUGGAUUACAUUGAUUAUGAUGCUGUUAACUUGUGUGAAACAAGGAAUUUGUUUACAUUUUUACAGUUUGAUAAAGAUUUUGUACAAUUUUGUCUGACUUCUGAAUCAGUUUUGAACGAUAACCUCGGGAAAAAUGCAAUGGAAUUUCAACUCUUGGAGGUUAUUUUACUGAAUAAUGAGAAUUCUAGCCAGUUUGGCUGUGGAAUAUUGUGCCAUUGGUUUCAAAGCUGCUUGAGCAACAAAAAUCAUCAUGAACCAUGUGGAAUUAAUUACUCAGGGUGUGCAUGCCCAGACAUGCAUGAAAAUGAGUCCGACUCAAGCACGGCACUGCCUUUCAUCGAAAACGAGUGCUGUGUGCCGAUGAUAUUGCCAGGGGACAGCAAUGGGCGCUACAGAAGGCCCAUACCAUACGGAGGGGAUGAAAUUAAGAAACAACGGAAAAUUAGAAGGCAGCAUCCAAGAUCAGCUGAUGACUCUGGAACAUUUAUGGCACAAAUUGGAGAUCCUGCUGCCGAAGAAUGGUCUCAGUGGAGUGUGUGCUCACUCACAUGUGGCAUGGGGUGGCAGGUGCGAACAAGAUCCUGUGUCGCCUCUCCCUAUGGAACUCUGUGCAGCGGUCCGCUAAGAGAAACCCGAAUUUGCAAUAAUUCAGCCACAUGUCCAGUUGAAGGACAGUGGCUGCAGUGGGGACCAUGGAACAGGUGCUCAGUAACAUGUUCAAAUGGAACGCAACAGAGAACCCGCAAAUGCAUUUCGACCCACGGUUGGACAGAGUGCAAAGGUCACCAGGCUGAGGCCCGGGACUGCUUCAAUCAGGAGUGCUCAACUGAAGGCAAAUGGGGUCCAUGGAACCACUGGAGUUUGUGUUCCAAGACAUGUGACAGUGGCUGGCAGCGACGUCUCCGAAUGUGCAAAGGGACAAGUGUCAAAGGCUAUCCAUGUGAAGGAUCAGGGGAAGAGGUCAGGACAUGCAAUGAGAAAAGAUGCCCAGCUCCCCAUGAGAUGUGUAGGGAUGACUACAUCAUGGCAAUGACCUGGAAAAGGACCGCAGCUGGGGGACUUGUUUAUAACAAGUGCCCUCCAAAUGCAACAGGUUCAGCCAGUCGCAGAUGUUUAUUAAAUUCUCGUGGAAUUGCAUUUUGGGGACCACCAAGUUUUGCCAGAUGUGUCUCACAUGAUUACAGGCACUUACAUCUAUCGAUCCGAGAGCACCUGGCUAAAGGACAACGGACCUUGGCCGGUGAGGGCAUGAUCCAAGUCAUAAGGACUAUGCUGGGCUUAAUGGAGAGAAAGAAUUUCUACAGUGGAGAUCUGUUAUUCUCUGCAGACAUAUUGCGGAACGUGACAGACACAUUCAAGAGAGCCAGCUAUAUUCCUGCUUCUGGUGAUAUACAAAAAUUCUUUCAGAUUGUCAGCUACAUGCUUGAAGCAGAGAACAGAGCAAAAUGGGACGAUGCACUUCAAGUUGCACCUGGAUCAAUUUACUUGAUGCGGGUGGUUGAAGAUUUCAUCCAUGUUGUGGGUCAUGGGCUAAAGGUUUUUCAGAGCGCCCUCAUUGUGACAGAUAAUCUUGUGACUAGUAUUCAACGAGAACCUGUUUCUGCCGUAUCAAGUGAUAUCAGCUUCCCAAUGAAAGGCAGGAGAGGAAUGAAGGAUUGGGCGAGAAACUCAGAAGACAAACUUUAUAUUCCAAAAGAGGUUUUCAUGCUUUCUUCUUCAGAAACAGAUGACUCAGCCUAUUAUGUCAUCGGAGCUGUGCUUUACCGGACGCUGGGUCUCAUCUUACCUCCAAUGGGAAAGUCGAUGGCAAUAAAUUCCAAAGUACUGGCAGUAACAGUAAGGCCACAGCCCAAGGCCUCAGAACCAAUUGUUGUAGAGUUGUCUCAUCUCAUUAACGGAACAUCUGACCCACACUGUGUUGUUUGGGAUGACACCAAAACGGACUCUGGUCCAGGGAGCUGGAACCCUCAGGGCUGUGAAACAGUGCAAACACAAGCAGCACACACUAAAUGUCUUUGUAAUCAACUGGCCACUUUCGCCAUCUUAGCCCAGAAACCGAGAGAUUCGGUGAUGGAUGACCCAGGAUUACCGUCUGUUCCGUUAAUGAUCGGAUGUGGAAUUGCCUGUAUGGCCCUUUUAACAUUGCUUGCUGUAUAUGCUGCUUUUUGGAGAUUUAUAAAAUCAGAGCGAUCCAUUAUCCUGCUCAACUUUUGCCUGUCUAUAAUGGCUUCAAACAUUCUGAUUUUGGUUGGCCAAACACAGAUACACAGCAAGGGUGUGUGUAUGAUGACAGCAGCUUUUCUGCAUUUCUUUUUCCUUUCAUCCUUCUGUUGGGUGUUGACAGAAGCCUGGCAGUCCUAUCUUGCUGUGCUGGGAAAAAUUAGGACCAGGCUGAUAAGGAAACGCUUUCUCUGCCUUGGCUGGGGUUUACCUGCUCUGAUUGUGGCCAUUUCCGUAGGGUUUACAAAAGCCAAAGGAUAUGGAACAGCAAAUUACUGUUGGCUGUCUUUGGAAGGAGGCCUCCUUUAUGCAUUUGUCGGACCGGCUGCAAUCAUUGUAUUGGUAAACAUGCUGAUUGGGAUCAUAGUAUUCAACAAACUCAUGUCCCGAGAUGGAAUUUCAGAUAAGUCCAAAAAGCAGCGGGCUGGUCAGGCAAGUGAAGCCCGUAGCGGUUUGAUGCUCAAAUGUUCCAAGUGUGGAGUUGUUUCAACUACAGCAUUAUCUGCCACCAUCACCAGUAACGCCAUGGCAUCCCUGUGGAGCUCGUGUGUUGUUCUCCCAUUGCUGGCACUGACCUGGAUGUCAGCUGUUCUGGCGAUGACUGACAGGAGAUCGAUUUUGUUUCAAAUACUGUUUGCAGUUUUUGACUCCGUUCAAGGCUUUGUUAUUAUCACAGUCCACUGCUUCCUGAGGCGAGAGAUUCAGGAUGUUGUAAAAUGUCGAACAGGAAGCUGCAAAACUGAAGAGAAUGAAAACUCACCUGAUUCUUACAAAAAUGGUCAAGUCCAGAUUAUGACAGAUUUUGAAAAGGAUGUGGACCUAGCCUGCCAGUCAGUACUUUUCAAGGAAGUCAACACUUGUAAUCCUGCGACUAUUACUGGAACACUGUCUCGCAUUUCUCUGGACGAUGAAGAAGAUGAAAAGAUAAAUAUAAACAGUCAAGGGAUGAACUUCACAACCCUUCCAGGAAACAUUCCACCAGGAAAUGUUUUGGUUCAGUUGCCUCCUAUGCAUCAGUUGCGCAACAUGAUGUCUGGUAUAAAUGAACUGAAUGAGCAGCCAGCCAAAAAAGAAACCAAUAGUGAGUUGAGGGGAACACUGUAUCUGUGCACGGAGAACACAUUGAAACCAGUGGAUGUGAAGUGGAGGCGGGCACAGGAGCAGCCACUGGAAGGUGACUACAUGGUGCUCCCAAGACGUACAGUCAGCUUAAAGCCUUUCAUCAAAGAGGACAGCAAGUUAAACAUCAAUAUGGAUGACAACAAGCAUAAUAUCAUCGGGAACCAACCAGCUGAGUCAGAGAUUUAUCCUAACUUUGCCUCAGUCGAUCAGAUCAACAUUAACUUAAAUCAACCAUAUGGCACUCUUAAUCACCCACGGAGUGUACCCCUCAAACAGCACCCUUCGGUGCGACACAUUCUGGCGUCGGAACUUGCUGACAGGAGCAGAACCAUGCCACGCAACAAACCAAGUUCAGCGGGGUCCACGGGUUCCUUAGAAAGGAAAAGAUUGAGGUACUCCGAUCUUGAUUUUGAGAAAGUCAUGCACACAAGGAAGCGUCACUCAGAACUCUAUCAUGAACUAAACCAGAAAUUCCACACCUUGGACAGAUUCCGAGAUCCCGAACCCUCAGGAUUUAAGCAAGAAAAGCAAUGUAGCAUUUCCACAGCAGGAGCUGAAAAGAGCACGUCAGCUGAACAAACCACACCUGUGGAGCAACCGUGGGAGAACUUCCAGACCACAGCAGCCAACACACUUCAUUUAGACACCCAGGAAAAUUUAGAACUUCAUUCACCAGAGUGGGAAGCAUCUGCCACAAUCCCUCUGGAUACAUCUGAAGGAGACUUUCAAACUGAAGUUUAA